AUGUCUAAGCCCAAGAACUGGCCAGAUGGCUUUCCAUAUCUCAAAGCACCUCUUCACGACAAGAGCCUAACUCCAACACAUAUACAGUCUCUCAAGAACAAGCCUUCAGCCUCAAGUGGCAUUGCCAUCAUCCCAUCAUCGUCCACAACAACACCAUGCAACCUGGUCAAGAUUCAACCAAUCUCCAACCCUUCACACCCAGCCAACGGGCAAAGCGGUCUCUUCGCCGCCCAGAACCUCGCGCCUGGCAGUUUCAUCCUCGCAUAUCUGGGCCGGGUGCACUCAGGCACGGCAUCCUCCACAGAGAGCGACUACGAUCUGUGGAUGGACCGUGAGAUGGACGCGGCGGUGGAUGCUGCGAGUGAGGGAAACGAGGGACGGUUCGUGAAUGACUUUCGAGGCGUGGGGGAUAGAGCGAAUGCCGAGUUCCGAACGGUGUGGUGUGAGCGCUGGGGAGAGCAUUGUGUAGGCGUUUGGGUGCUCGGCGGUGGGAAGAAGAGGAAGGGGGUGGGGAUCAAGAAGGGGGAGGAGAUUCUUGUUAGUUAUGGGAAAGGGUUUUGGGGGGAGAGAAAGGCGGAAGAGUACGAGUUUCACUAUGAGUGUGAGAAAGAUGGAGAGGGAGAGGGAGAGGGAGAGGGAGAUGGUGAGGUUAGUGGUGACAUCAAGUAA